CACAUUGGAGUUUUUAACAUUUCUUAUUUUCUUUGAACAAAUUCACAUCAGAUCUGCAAUUGCAGUUCUCCCCGCAUUCCCUGGAAAAAAAAAAAAAAACUGUUGCAAUAAUAUACCGAUGCAGUCCAAACGUCAACAAGAACAAGAACAGAUAGAUCUCUUGUCUUUCUAUAUAUCUAUUUGUUGGCGCGGCCGAACUGCAUUAAAGGAGAAUAACAGCUAGGAAGGGUGAUUAGCAGAGAGGGUGUCGGAAAUGUGUAAGGCAGCUGUGAUCAUCUACAGUACAGUAGUUCUGCUUAUUCUCUACCUUAUAUCGUACUCUCCCAAAACACCCCCAGUGCAACGCUACCGCCGCCUCAAGCUUCGUUCCAACUUUACUUUUCCCAUCAGAGGUGGAGGUGGCGGUGGCGGUAGCGGUAGCGGCAGACACCGGAAGCCCGUCGCAUUCGACCCACUUGUCGCUGAAAUGGAACGGCGCCGCGCGGACAAAGAAUGGGAAAGAAGAUAUUUCGAGUAUACCCGCAACGAGUCUGUUGAAGCUCCGGGAGAGGAGCCGCAACCCGAAUGGGAGGACUUCAUGAACGCCGAAGAUUACUUGAACGAUGACGAGAAAUUCAACGUCACCAAUAGGUUGGUUUUGUUGUUUCCCGAUAUUGAUAUCGAUCCAGUUGAUGGGUUUGUGACGGAAAGCGAAUUGAUGGAGUGGAACUUGAGGCAGACGGAGAAGGAGGUGACGCAUCGUUCUGAGAGGGAAAUGGAGGUUUAUGAUAAGAACCAUGACGGGUUUGUUUCAUUUGCCGAGUAUGAUCCCCCUGGUUGGGUGAAGAAUUCAGCAAAUAAUUCGUUUUAUUAUGAUAUGGGUUGGUGGAAGGAGGAACACUUCAAUGCCUCAGAUGCUGAUGAGGAUGGUCUUCUAAAUCAAACAGAAUUCAAAGACUUCAUGCAUCCAGCUGAUAGCAAUAACCCAAAACUACUUCAGUGGCUCUGUAAAGAGGAAAUAUGGGAGAGAGAUUCUGACAAAGAUGGGAAGAUUAACUUUAAGGAUUUUUUUCAUGGUUUGUUUGAUAUGAUAAGAAACUAUGAUGAAGAAAGUCAGAAUUCCUCAUUUCAUUCUGAUUCAAUGGAGUCCCCAGCCAAAAUGUUGUUUGCUCAGAUUGACCAGGAUGGUGAUGGAUAUAUAUCAGAAAGUGAAUUGCUACCCAUAAUUGGAAAACUCCAUCCUUCAGAACGUUAUUAUGCAAAACAACAAGCAAAUUACAUCUUAUCUCAGGCUGAUAUGGAUAAAGAUGGGCGCCUGAGCUUGACAGAGAUGAUUGAAAACCCAUAUGUAUUUUAUAGCACUAUUUUCGAUGAUGAAGAUGGGGACUUUUACUAUCAUGAUGAGUUUCGCUAGUAGUACUGUAGGUAAGCAGAGAGCUUUCGCUCUUUGCUGUCAAUACACACUUUCAUGGCUUCAAGAAGAUACUAACCAGUGACAGUUCAAAAAUGUAUUUAGGAUCUCAUGACAGAUUUGUGGAUAAUAUUAAAAGGUUCCAAUUCAAAUUCCUUUCUCCUUGGAGAAAUGGUGUAGAAUAAGGACUUAAGGAGUGUGCCAAUAUUCUACCUUUCAUAUGGAUCCUUGUGUUCUCUGAAUUCCAUUUGUAGAAAGUCCCUUCUUUUCCUGUA